GAAAUAUGCUGCUAUUGGGCACUUAACUGUAACAGGGUUUUCUGGAAGCUCAUCAUGGGAUACGGUAUUACACAAAUGUAACUUUCACAUUUGUGUUUCAGGAAAACCAGACACCUCUGUGGAAACGCUUCUGGAUCAGGAAUGUAUAAACCCUAUGAGUUACUCAAGCCAGCUAGAAGACUCUGGAUGUGAUGUGUCUAAUGACUAUGCAUUUGAUUCUUUAGGCACAGCUUCUGAUUUUCACCAAUCUGAGCAUGCUGACACUUCUAAACAUUGGUUGGAAAGAGUUCCCCCAUUGCAUCUUUGUUGUACUAGCAAGGAGGAAUCUCUGACUGCUCCAGUGCAGUUUUUGCAACAUCUGCUUGAAAUAAGAAAACUGUCAGAAGGAGGAAUUCUUCAAGCAGAUUUCACAGAACUUGAGAAUGAUUCUUUCACCGUAUGCAAUUCAGUGUCUCAGUUGCUUGAUGGACUGACUGUUUUUUACAACAGUCCUAAAUUUCCUGUUUCUGAUUUUCUUACUGAAGCAGUUCGUGUUUUGAUCAGUUUAAUAACUGAUACUAAUUUAUCUAAUCAUGUUUUGAAGAAGUGUUUCAAGAAGCUCGAAGAAUUUAAGAAAAAUCUAAUUCAGCUUAUUUUAAGAAACAGCAAUGUCAAUAGGUUUCAGGCACUGCAUGCUGUAUCACACACGCUGGUUUUGCUAGGAAAGAACAACAUACUAAGAAAUUCUUUAAUAUCUCUUCUCCUAUCAGAAGUACGUCAGUUUGCGGAGCACCUGUUGCGAGCUCAUCAG